AUGGAGGUUCUUGAUGUCGAUACUCUAGUCUGUGGCGGCGGCAUGUCAGGCAUGGCGUGUGCUGCCUUUGCCGCAGAGGCUGGAGCCCGAACACUGGUGGUAGAGAAGCAAACAGAGAUUGGCGGAUCUUCAAGUCUCUCCGCGGGGAUGUUGUGCGUAACUUCCUCCUCUCUGAUACUUGACCGGUAUAGCUUGUUGACAAUCCGAACACGCAGCUGGGCACCUUAUGCAUAUGACAAGCUGAGGUCCUGGGUUCCAGACGGCGAUCCCACAUUGCAGCGCGCAUGGUUGAACGAAUACCUUCCAGCGGUUCAGUGGAUGCGCGAAAAUGGCAUACCCACGGCCAAACGAUUCGAUGGGAUCAUGACCAUAGGAAUUGGAUUUCCAAUCAAAAUCCCCGAACUCCAUAAGGCUCACCAGCAACGUAUGGCUGCAAGCAAAAACGGCUCUAUAAUUCUCACCAAUACAUCGGUGGUCAAACUCACUCAAGAAAACCCCGGGGUACCCGGAUCUCGUGUUAAUGGCGCCAUCAUAUGCGAACAAAAACCUGGAUGUACUGCCGUUUAUUAUCAGGUGAAGGCAAAGCUGGUUGUUCUGGCUACCGGUGGUUUCCAGGGAUCUCCCAGCAUGACAGCCAAGUAUCUCGGUCAAGGAGGGGACAAUAUUUUCGUGCGUUCAAAUAAGGGCUCUGUGGGCGAUGGUCUCAACUUAGCUAUCGCAGCCGGGGCUGGAACAAGCAGAGGUCUGAAUACUUUCUAUGGCCACCUGUUGGCGGCGCCUGUUCGAGCUGGGGAUGUCAAUCCACAGGAUUAUCUGCCUUUGGCUCAGUAUCAGAGCAAAUACUGUAUGCUUCUAAAUGAAUCUGGUCGCCGGUUUGCCGAUGAGACAAUGGGCGAUGAAAUCGUGAACCAGUACCUGGCCAAGCAGGAAAAGCGCCGUGGCUUCCUACUCUUCAACGAGAAAACUCGCCUUCGUCAUUGCACGGGCGCACUCUUCCCUAAUGCAGGGGAUGUUGAUCGAUUGCAGAAAGCUCGCGAGUACGGCUGCCAUGUUGCAAAGGCAUCCACCCUCCGUGAACUCCUGGAAGUUCUCCGUAGCUGGGGAGUGGACCACGUUCAAGCAGGAAACACGAUUGAGCGAUACCAUCAAGUUGUCGGGCAAGGCCAGAAAAAUAUUUUCCUCGAUGCCCCGGCUGGUGGUGUAGGCGCUCCUCCAAGACCGCUGGUCGACGGAGAAGGUCCAUUCUACGCUAUGGAGGUCCAGCCGUCAAUCACCUUCACCUACGGAGGGAUCUCAGUUGAUACCCAAGCACGUGCUUUGACGCACGACCAGAACAUUGUUCCAGGGUUACUCGUGGCGGGAGUUGACGCAGGAGGUUUUAGCAACCUGGGAUAUGCUGGAGGCCUCGCACUUGCUUUUGUGACCGGCUUGUGGGCUGCCCGAUCCAUUGCACGAGAACUAGGGUUAGUAGAGCCCUCUCUGCCACCUGCUGAUUCAAGCGACGCAGCUCCUCUUCAAUCACGUCUAUAA